AUGAGGACCCCAAAUAGUAACAUGAACACAGGUUUAAGGAAAGGAAAAUGGAGCCAUGAAGAAGAUCAGAUGCUUAUUGCUUAUAUCAGUAGAUAUGGCAUUUGGAACUGGUCCCAAAUGCCAAGAUUUGCUGGUUUGUCGAGAUCUGGGAAGAGUUGUAGACUCCGUUGGAUGAAUUAUCUGAAACCCAACAUAAAGAGAGGAAACUUUUCGAAGGAAGAAGAAGAAAUCAUACUCCAUUCGCAUUCGGUUCUUGGCAAUAAGUGGUCUGCAAUUGCAUCAAAACUUCCUGGAAGGACUGAUAAUGACGUGAAAAACUUUUGGUAUACUCAUCUCAAGAAACGUGUUAGUCAUUACAACAAGAAUCCCGAAACACACGAGCAAAAUGGCGAGAGUGAGUUCGGGUGCAUUAACAUGGACGAAAUGGAACAGCCUGUUAAUCAUUUGAAUAAAGUUUUAGAGUCUUGCUUGACUUAUGAAGAUGAUAUCUUUUCAUCUAGCAGCAGCUUUCCCCAUUAUGACACCAGCUCACCAGGAACCAUUGAUGAUCUUCAAUGUUUCUGGCAACAACUUUCCCCAUUUGAAAACUUGGAGCUUGGAAACACUCACCUGAACAUGUUUUCUAAUGAGUUCUUUUAA